CAUAAAAUGGCUAAAUCCAAGGAAAAAAAAGGUAAAAGUGCUAUGAGCGAGGUUGUGACUCGUGAAUAUACAGUGAAUCUCCACAAACGUCUCCAUGGUGUUGGAUUCAAAAAGCGUGCUCCACGAGCUAUUAAAGAAAUUCGCAAAUUCGCUGAAAAACAAAUGGGAACUCCAGAUGUGAGAAUUGAUACACGACUCAAUAAACAACUUUGGUCUAAAGGAAUUAGGAAUGUACCAUUCAGAGUUCGUGUACGAUUAAGCAGAAGAAGAAAUGAUGAUGAAGAUUCUGCAAACAAAUUGUAUACCCUUGUUACUUAUAUACCAGUUGCUUCCUUUAAGGGUUUACAAACAGAAAAUGUUGAUGCCAGUCAAGAUUGAUUUAUUUUUGAUUAAUAAAUAAUUUAUCUCAAUUUA